GUAGUGAACGUGAACUGUGGUGAAACUCAAAUCGGAAAUGGCUCGUACCAAGCAAACUGCACGCAAAUCGACUGGUGGAAAGGCUCCACGCAAACAACUGGCUACUAAGGCCGCUCGCAAGAGCGCCCCUGCGACCGGAGGUGUGAAGAAGCCUCACCGCUAUCGCCCUGGAACAGUGGCCUUGCGUGAGAUCCGUCGCUACCAAAAGAGCACCGAGCUUCUGAUCCGCAAACUGCCUUUCCAGCGUCUGGUGCGUGAAAUCGCUCAGGACUUUAAGACUGACUUGCGAUUCCAGAGCUCGGCGGUUAUGGCCCUGCAGGAAGCUAGCGAAGCCUAUCUGGUUGGUCUCUUUGAAGAUACCAACUUGUGUGCCAUUCAUGCUAAACGUGUCACCAUUAUGCCCAAGGACAUUCAAUUAGCGCGACGCAUCCGCGGCGAGCUUGCAACGUCCGCUUCUCCAGUGGCUGCCCCAUCCGCGACAGUUGAGAAAAAGGUGGCCCAAAAAAAGGCAUCUGGAUCUACCGGCACAAAGGCAAAGAAAGCCACUGCGACGCCGUCACAUCCGCCAACUCAGCAAAUGGUGGACGCUUCGAUUAAAAAUUUAAAGGAACGUGGCGGCUCAUCACUUCUGGCAAUAAAAAAAUAUAUCACUGCCACUUAUAAAUGCGACGCCCAAAAGUUAGCUCCAUUCAUCAAGAAGUACCUAAAAUCGGCCGUGGUCAAUGGAAAGCUUAUCCAAACAAAGGGAAAGGGUGCAUCUGGAUCAUUUAAACUUUCGGCCUCCGCCAAGAAGGAUAAGGAUCCGAAGGCGAAGUCGAGGGUUUUGUCUGCUGAGAAGAAAGUGGAAAGCAAGAAGGUAGCAUCCAAGAAGACUGGUGCCUCCUCCAAAAAAACGGCCGCUGGGGCUGCUGACAAAAAGCCCAAGGUUAAGAAGGCUGUGGCCACCAAAAAGACUGCCGAGAAGAAGAAAACCGAGAAGGCAAAAGCCAAGGAUGCCAAGAAAACUGGAAUCGGCAACUACGCCGAGCGUGUUGGUGCAGGCGCUCCAGUUUACCUAGCAGCCGUAAUGGAAUAUCUGGCAGCUGAAGUUCUCGAGUUGGCAGGCAAUGCAGCUCGUGACAACAAGAAGACUAGAAUUAUUCCGCGUCAUUUACAGCUGGCCAUCCGCAACGACGAGGAGUUAAACAAGCUGCUCUCCGGCGUCACUAUUGCCCAAGGAACUGUGGUGAAACUCAAAUCGGAAAUGGCUCGUACCAAGCAAACUGCACGCAAAUCGACUGGUGGAAAGGCUCCACGCAAACAACUGGCUACUAAGGCCGCUCGCAAGAGCGCCCCUGCGACCGGAGGUGUGAAGAAGCCUCACCGCUAUCGCCCUGGAACAGUGGCCUUGCGUGAGAUCCGUCGCUACCAAAAGAGCACCGAGCUUCUGAUCCGCAAACUGCCUUUCCAGCGUCUGGUGCGUGAAAUCGCUCAGGACUUUAAGACUGACUUGCGAUUCCAGAGCUCGGCGGUUAUGGCCCUGCAGGAAGCUAGCGAAGCCUAUCUGGUUGGUCUCUUUGAAGAUACCAACUUGUGUGCCAUUCAUGCUAAACGUGUCACCAUUAUGCCCAAGGACAUUCAAUUAGCGCGACGCAUCCGCGGCGAGCGUGCUUAAAUAGGCAAGGCUUCAACUGGCAGCCAAAGCCCUAGUAUACUCUACAAUCGGUCCUUUU